AUGGCAAUCACCUUGAGGAGCGAAAAAGAGGUUGAAAAUAGUGUUAGGCAAUCUAAUCCUCAAGAUAAGUCCGUUGAGAAUGAAACGGUGAUUGAGACAGCUAACAAGCAAAUUCAAGAAAAGAAAGCAAUGGCAACUUUACCACCACCACCCUUUCCUCAACGCCUUCAAAAACAAAAGCUUGAUAAGCACUUCCAAAAAUUUCUUAAGGUAUUCAAGAAGCUUCACAUGAACAUUUCUUUUGCAGAAGCUUUAGAGCAAAUGCCAUCAUAUGUGAAGUUUCUGAAAAACAUACUGACAAAGAAGAGGAAAUUGGAGGACUUUAAGAUAAUUACACUCACUGAGGAGUGUAAUGCAAUAAUCCAGAACAAGCUUUCACUAAAGCUUAAGGACCUAAGGAGUUUUUCUAUCCUUUGCUCAAUUGGUAAUUUUAAUUUUUCAAAAGCUUUGUGUGAUUUGGGUGCUGGUGUCUCAAUUAUGCCAUUGUUUAUUACUAGGAGAAUUGGAUAG